AUGCCUCCAGAUGAUAGUGUGACAAGGGAUGAGUUGCCUGGAGGUGCUUUCCUCAAGCGUAUGAUAUUCAGAGUCACCAUAAUGUUCAUGGCGUUGACCUCCUUCUGCUUGUUCCUCAGAUCAUGGGCAAAAUUACGGAUUGGGAAACGGAAACUUGUUGUCGAUGACUAUUCCAUGUUGACAGCCUGGUUCUUUUACAUGUUGCUGAGCUGUCUAGCGCUGAAUGCUGCGUUGCUUGAACAUCACAAUCCAGUCCUGACGUUGGUUGUGGCCGAUAAGUUCUUGCUAGUAAUUAUUGACGCUCGGCGAGGUGAUGUUCAUGCUCUCAACCAUAUUUCUCAAGAUAUCCCUCAUGCUGUCUGGUUCAACCCUGCUUAUCUCAAUCAGUCUGCUCACAUUAGCUUUUACGACCAUUCGGCUCCCGAGAUUGUGCUGGCCCUUACGGAGCUUGGUUUUGGAAUCUCGGCGGCUAGUCUGGCUUGCUUGCAGCCACUGUUCCGACAUUUUGUGCACAAAAUGCGCAACUGGAUUCAGACGUGGUUCUCAGAAGACUUGGAUAACACUACUGGUGCAAUGAGGUCGCAUAUGGGUGUUUUACCACAUUAUGAGCUGCAGGGCAGGAAAGUAGUGGGAGACGUUUCGAAGCAACCUCGAGCCGAAGCAUGCGAGGCACCGUCUCCGGAGUUGCCACGGCAGGCGACAGUUCUGAGACAUGGUAUUACGGACGCGAGUGAUGGCCCUAGCAGUACAAGGGUCAUGUUUCUGAGCGGUCACAAAUCUUCGCGAAGUGUCUUGCCCGUAAUCAGCGUCGCUGAAGUAGGCGGUCAGCAAGAGCAGCACAGAUCUGUUCGACAACAGCGCAAAACGAGCUUGGCCAUUGGUGUCUUACCAACUCUGCCGACUAUCGCGACAGAAAUUGGCACCGAUGAAGAAGAAUUUGGUCCUCAUCAGGUGGUGGCGGACACGCCCAUCCAGGCGGCAGUUAACAUUGAUGAUGAUGAUCGGAUUUCACAGCUGGUUUCAUAG